AUGGACCGACUUGAUCUCGCUCACGCGAUGAUGGUGAAGGCAAUGGGCAGCGUGCUUUUUCGCGCCCCGCUUCAGAAGGAAAAGGUUCAGCGUGUUCUCGAUAUCGGAACGGGCACUGGAAUUUGGGCCGUCGAAAUUGGAGACAUUUUCGAAAAUGCUGAAGUACUUGGCAUCGACCUGAGCGCCAUUACUCCUGAGUGGCACCCUCCGAACGUCAAAUUUGAGAUUGAUGAUAUCGAGGAGCCCUGGGUCGGCCAUAAAAAGUAUGACUUCAUCUUUUGUCGCUACAUGGGAGCCUCAAUCAAAGACUGGCCCAAGUUGAUGGAGAACAUUUACGAGGAAGCUGAAGAGUCUAGCAACCUCGCUCCGGGAGGCUGGGCAGAGUUCCAGGACGUCAACACCUCCUUCUACUCCCAGGACGGAACCUACUCGAAGGAGACGGCCACUUCUAAGUGGAUGACCGCCUUCAUGGAAGCCUGCUCGGCAACAGGCCGCGAUCCCAGCGUCGGGCCGAAGCUGGAGGGCUGGGUCAGGAAUGCCCAAUUCCAAAAUGUUGUUGCAGACCGUGUGCGGGCGCCGCUUGGCCCUUGGCCCAAAGACCAGUGGUACAGUGAUCUGGGCAUGAUGAACCUGAUUUUAACGCUUAACGGGUUGGAGGCCUUGUCGCUGAAGCUCUUCUCUGAGAUGCUUGGGAAAUCGCAGGUGGAGAUCACGGUGCAGUUGGCCAACGUUCGGAAGGAGUUGAAGAGCAACUCAUUCCACGCGAUGUUUGACAUUCACGUCGUCUACGGUCAGAAGCCAAUCAAACCUAGGCAAUAG